CGCCUUUCCUAAGAAAUGUUUUACUGGCUAAUAGCUGCUCAGGUAAGAGGAGUUGGGUUUUGUUCGCACUUCGCACUCAGUGACGUCCUCUAUUAAAGAUUUAGGGAAGAAAAACCGCAGACGUCCCCAGGAAUGGUGACGUGGCAGAUGUUUUCAGAUGCCGAAAAUAGUUUCCGGUGGGAGAUGUCAGGCCAAUCUCCGGCCACCGUAGCAGAAGAACGUCGCAUACCGUUAAUUCACCGGGAUAACCCUAGUUCUCGUCUCCCAUCAAUGGAAGAUCUCUUGGUUCAAGGAUCUUCAAAGUUUAUUGAGAGCGGUGGUGGCGCCGACCAGAAAUCCCCAAUGUUCCGAACUGGAUUUGGGAAAUCAGUUGCUGUUAAACAGUCUUCGAUUAUAAAAGCGUUAUCUGUCCUCGGCGAGGGAGAUGAAACAGAUAGAGGGGAAGUACUUGCUGCAGAUGAUGGAUGCGGUUUCUCUAAUUCUCUUUUCCAGACAGGCUCUGGGAAAAUGGUGAAUAUAUCUUCUUUUGGUCUCGUCAAGGCUAAGACAUUGUUUGGUUUAGAGGAGAGUUAUAAUUGUUGCACUUCUCAAGCUCCUGAACAGACAAGGAAGCAACCCACUGCUGGUCAAUCAUUUGCAUCAAGGAAUUUAUCGCAUUUAGAAAAGAGAUCUGGGGAAGUAUGUGCUCCAGAUGGCAAACACAGUUUCUCUAAUUCUCUUUUCCAGACAGGGUCUGGGAAAAUGGUGAAUAUAUCUUCAGCAGGUUUGUCCAGAGCUAAGACAUUGCUGGGGUUGGAGGAGAGUUAUAAUAGUUGCACUUCUCAAGGCCUUGAACACACGAGCAGGCAAUCUACUACCAAUGAAACAUGUUCUUCUGAGAGUUUAUUGCAUUUUGAUAAGAGAUCUGAUGUGUAUAGUGACAGUAAACAAGCUGCUAGGUUGCUUCCAGAGCAUCUGAUUGGUUGUAGGAAUGACAUAAUUUUGGCAGGAAGUGAACCAAAGAAAGAUAUAGUUCAAAAUCUUCUGCAACCUGAUAUCUGUGAAGCUGCUUGUAAACCACCUCCAAUAAAGUUUCAGACUGCAGGUGGACGGUCUAUUUCAGUUUCUAGUGAUGCAUUGCAACGAGCAAAGAGCCUCCUUGGUGACCCAGAGUUGGGCAAUUUAUCAAAUCAUAUUGAUAAUAAUCAGCAAUUUUUAUUUUUUAAAGAGAAAAGAUUCAAUGAGGUUUCAUCAAACAAUGAAAACAACCUUUUUGCUUCUUGUUUGCAGCAAAAUGUGGCAAUGAACAAACAUACAUCAAAAAACUUACAAUCACUUGCGCGGUUUUCCAAUCAUAUGCAAUCGUUUGCUGUAUUAGAGGGUGGUCAUUUGGGUGGGAACUUGCCAAAGCAAGUUGAAUCUAGUGGCAGUGCAUGUGAGGAUACAUGUUGGCCAAACACUAAUAUAUCUUGUAACCAAAAGCCUUCAAGCUGGGAAUGUUCUGCAUGUUAUACGACAACUAAAAUUUCUUUAUCAAAGGAUAUUGAGUCAAGAAAUGCUUCUUUAGGAAUGCUACCAUGUGGGCCACUGGUUGAUAUUUCAAAUAUGGGCCCAACUUAUUCAAAUCAGAAGCAUAUUCCAAGUGAAAAGAGGAGACUUGGAAGGAGAAGCUCUAUCUCUCCAUUCAAAAGGCCUCGCAAUUCCCGGUUUGCUCCCCCACUUAGCGGCACAUUUUCUGUAUUUCCAAAUGGUUCAUCUGUAUUUCCAAAAUCUCAAGGCUCCAGUUGCAAAACAAGGGUUUCUGCUCGAUAUCCAUUUCAUAUUAAGAGAAUGUCAGUGAAAGAAUUUUUUGGAGGGCCUCCUUGCUUCCAACCCCUGUUGGAGCAAGUGCCGGAUGAGGUAAAGUGCAUGAAUGCAGAUGGCGCAGAAAAAUAUAUUUUUCAUGACAAAUCUGGCUUGGGUGCAACUGGAGCUGAAGCUUUUUUCCACAUGCUGUCUCAAUCUGGAGCUUCCAUGAUACAUGCUUCCAAAGAGUGGGUGGCGAAUCACUACAAGUGGAUAAUUUGGAAACUUGCAUGUUAUGAAAGAGGCUAUCCUGCUAAAGCAUCUGGGAAAUAUUUGACAGUGUCUAAUGUCCUUGAGGAAUUAAAGUAUAGGUAUGAAAGAGAAGUAAAUCAUGGUCAUAGAUCUGCACUUAAAAGAAUUCUCGAAGGGGAUGCACCACCUGCUUCAAUGGUUGUACUAUGCAUUUCAGCUAUUCGUUGCUACCCAAAUCUAAAGCUUGGGAAUGAAUGUGUUAUGGCUUCAUGUGAAGAGAUUAAGAAGCUUAGUGGCUCAAAUUCGGUCAACAAUAACAGUGUUGCAAAAAUUGAACUAACUGAUGGGUGGUAUUCGUUGGAUGCCCUCUUGGAUGUACCGCUUUCAAAACAGCUUGUGUCUGGAAAACUAUUUGUUGGACAGAAACUUCGGAUCUGGGGAGCAAGUUUAUGUGGCUGGAUUGGACCAGUUUCACCUCUCGAGUGUUCCAAGAUGGUCUGUUUGCAGUUGCACAUAAAUGGGACAUAUAGAACACAUUGGGCAGAUCGGCUGGGUUUCUGUAAGGGCCAUGGGACUCCAUUGGCUUUUAGGUGCAUCAAGAGUGGUGGUGGUCUGGUCCCUAGGACUUUAGUUGGAGUCGUGCGGAUUUACCCUGUUCUUUAUAAGGAGAGGUUGAAAAAUGGAGGUUCUGUUGUAAGGUCAGAAAGAAUGGAGACCAAAGUGCUGCAACUGUACAAUCAGAGGCGGGCUAAUAUUGCAGAGGGUGUUAUGUCUGAGUUUCAAAAGAACACCACUUGCUUUCAUAGUAAAAGUGAUAAGGACAAUGAAGAAGGGGCAAAAAUCCUCAAGAUCCUUGAGACAGCUGCUGAACCAGAAAUUAUAAUGGCAGAUAUGACUUCAGAACAGUUGACUUCUUUUGCUACCUAUCAGGCCAAACAGGAGGCGAUCAGGCAAUCAGAUAUGCAGAAGAAGAUUGAGAAAGCCCUAGAAGAUGCAGGCCUUGGCUCUAGAGAAGUCACUCCACUUAUGAGAGUCAGAGUGGUUGGAUUAAAUAGUAAAUGCUCCCAAAGGAAAGGCUGCCUUAGGGAAGGCUUGAUAACAAUAUGGAACCCAACUGAGAAGCAGCAGUUUGAGCUAGUGGAGGGGCAGGCAUAUACCAUUGGAGGGCUCACACCACUAAACUCUGAUUCAGAUACAAUUUACUUGCAUGCAAGAGGACCUUCCACUUCAUGGCAACUGUUACCUCCCUCUGCAGUUGAAAAUUUUGAACCAUUUUUUGUUCCUCGCAACUCAGUCUUCUUGUCAAAUCUGGGGGAAGUUCCUCUGUCCAGUGAAUUUGAUAUUGCUGCUGUAGUUGUGCAUGUUGGAGAGAUAUAUAUAUCUGGCAACCAAAAGAAACAGUGGGUGUUUGUGACAGAUGGUUCUGUAUCAGGGUUUGCGUUACACUCGGAAGGAGCUUCAGAUUGUCUGCUUGCUAUCAGCUUCUGCUCUCCAGUUGUGGAUAAUGAUUCAUUUGCACCAAUCAAUUACAACCUUACAGGAUCCACUGUUGGCUUCUGUAAUCUGGUCAAACGUGCAAGAGAUGAAAUAAAUAAUCUUUGGGUAGCUGAAACAACAGAAAAUUCUACUUAUACAUUUAAUUAUGACCUUCCUGGUUGUUCUCACCUCAAGGAAGCUGCUGGCUCUGCUUGCAAAUGGGCAAAGAUCUCAUCUUUGACCAUUCAAAAGCUUCAGGAGAGGGUUCUAUUUAUUGUUGGAGAUCAUAAAAACUAGGAUGUUGUGGGAAGUUCUCUACUCAAAAUAACGUUGUUGCAUGGACAUGGACAUGGGAGUUGGAAUCCAAGGCAUGUCCAAGAGCCUGACUGGGCAAGAUAAGAAAACAUGGGCGCAGGUUUCACACAAUCACACUAGAAUUUUGGAGAUGCUUUCAGUAAGCAUCGACGCUUGGAGCGACUGAAAAUUAGAGGGUUGCUGAUCAAAGACAAGUUGUGAAACAUCUUAUUCAUUAUGCCAAUAGGAAUCAACAUUAAAUCAGUUGUGAGCUCAUUAUUAGAUUGUUUAAUUGAUCUCUAACAACCAAUGAUAGCCUACUACUGCAGUUAUUCUGAGUGGUGGUUAGUUGGUUACUUGUAGCCUGUCUAGGCUAUUCAUGUAUAGCAUUAUUAAAUAUGGAUAUGGUAACUGGCCAAGCAACUGAUAUAUAGCAGGAUAGUUUGUAAAUGUUUUUUUUUUUGAUAAAUAGGAUAAUUUGUAAAUGUUAAUACAUAGCUUUGUGAAGUGGAAACUAGAUGCAUUUGUAUAUAUUGUAAACUAAAGGAUCUUAAAUUCAAUUAAAGAAAAU